UGUGAAGAAUUUCAUUACAAUUACCGCUUUUUCUUCGAUUAUUUUCUAUUAUAAAGUUAAUUACGCAUGUGUAACAUUAUACAACAAUGAGUGCAAUACCAGAUAUUGGAGAUCUCCACCUGGACGUGAAGAUUUUCACCGCAGUCAAGUACUACACGAGCGGGAAUGUCAGCGAAGAGAUAAUCAAAUUACUGGAAGAUGGCGGUGCGCAACGUUUGAAAUACUUCAGCGAUUUCGUCUCUCACGUGAUUUGCGGCAGCUCCGGCGUCCGCGAGAGCGAUCUAACCGACGCGGAUGACAUCUACGAGAUCCCCGCGGUGGGUGAGCGCUGGGUGCUCACCUGCGCUCGCAGUAAAACACUCGUAAACACCAAAGGCUUCCUCUAUACCGACAAGAAUCUCUUCUCGUCAUUGGUCGUCACUACAUCGGGACUCCUCCCACACGAUCGCAAUGCCAUCUGGGCAAUGGUCACCUAUAAUGGCGGCGUGUUUAAAGGCGCACUGGACGGCGUUACACACUUAAUUUGCACGUCGGUAAAAUGCCCAAAGUACCAACAAUGUGGGCACAGCGGUUUGGUAACUGUAGUGACACCCGAUUGGAUUGUCGAAUGUCUAAAAGCAAAAGCAUUGGUUCCUCAUGAGCAGUAUCAUCCUAAACGCGUGAUUGAGAUGAAGCCACAUAGCGAUACUAGUAGAAUAACAGGGUUUGAAGUUGAAGGUGAUGAUGAACAGCAACCUGUCGAGGUUGCUAAGAAAUUGGCAAUGGAUAAACUACGGAAUGAGAUGCCCUGGAUGCAGAAUUUAACACAGGGUGCGCCUAGGAUGACCCAAGUUCAAGGGCAAGUUCAAGGUCAAAGUCAAGGUCAAAACAAUGAUGAGGAGGAUGAAGAGGCAAAGAAACAGGCGAGUAUACGCGAGUUGUGGAAGCAGAUGCCUUGGAAUCAAAAGGUGUUCAGAGAUCCGAGUACAGCUACGUCGCCGCCACGAAGACCCCCUGGACCUUCGCAGAGUCCUGCUCCCGGAAGGGUUACACCGGCUUCCACGCCUGGGUUGAGGAGUACUACUCCUAAUAGUGGGUAUCAGUAUGUACAAUCACCACAACAGCAGCAGCAACAACAACAACAGGUGAUGCAAAGCCCCCAAGGGCAAAAUGGACAAAGUCAAGGUCAGGUUCAAGGUCAGAUGAUGCCUAGUCCACAGGGUCAACAGGUGCAGAUGAUGCAGAGUCCGCAAGGCGGGCAGAUUCUGCAGAGUCCGCAGCAUAUGUUGCAAUCGCCACAGCAUACGAUGCCAUCACCUUCACAACAACAACAACAACAGGUAUCUCAAGGUCAAACGCAAGUGCAGGGUCAAAAUGUUCAGAACAAUGAGAAUUCGUUUUUGUACAAGUAUAUCGAGCAGAAUAUGCAGGAUACGAAGAAGGUUCCUGUACAAAUGCAACAACAAGUACAACAGGUACAACAGGUGCAAAUUCCGCAGGUUUCUCAAGGUCAGCAAGCACCUAAUGCACAACAGACGGCGUUUUUGCAGCAGAUGCGCCAGAGGCAACAACAGAAACAAGCGCAGUUGUUGCAGCAACAACAACAACAACAACAGGGUAUGCAACAAGUUGGUCAAGGUGGAUUGCAACAACCUCAACAAGGUUUACAGCAAGUUCAACAGGUACAACAGGUGCAGCAAGUACAACAGCAGCAGUUGUUGCAACAACCGCAACAGUUGCAACAACAAAUGCGACCUGUGUUAAGACCACAGAUGCAACAACAGAUACAAAUGUUACCAUCGGGUCAGAGGGUUUUGAUUAACCCGAAUCAACAUCAGUUGUUGUUGCAACAACAGCAGCAGCAGCAACAGCAGCAACAGAAGAUGUUUAAUCAGCAACAAAUGCAGAUACCGCAGUCACCUACACAGAAUUUAAUGGUUCAACAAUCGCAGGGUGUUCAGGUACCUGUACAACAGCAACAACAACAGCAGCAGGGGAUGAUGCAACAGAAGAUGAUGCAGCAACAACAACAACCACAGCAGAUGUUUACUCAACAACAAGUUAUGAUGCAACAACAACAGCAACAACCUGGUAUGCAACCGAAUAUGAUGCCGCCGCAACAACAGCAACAACAACCUGAUAUGAUGCAACAUGUUGUUUCACAACAGUCUAUUGUUAGUCAACAAUCACAAGUCGUACAACAACAACAACAACAACAACAGCAGCAGGGGAUGAUGCAACAGCAGAUUAUGCAACCGCAGAUGAUGCAACAACAACCUCAACAACAGGGUAUGAUGCAACAGGUGCCCAUGGGUCCACAGACUGUUGUCACACAACAUCAACAUCAGCUAAUGUCACCACCACCUCAACAACAACAGAUUUUACAACAGCAACAACAACAACAUGUACAACCCAAUAUGACACCCCCGCAACAGUUGUUGCAAUCACCACAAGGUCAUCAACAGAAGGUUAAUAUAAUGCAACAACAACAACAACAGCAACACGUCAUGCAACAACAGGUUGUAAUGUCACAAGGGCAGCCUCCUAAUCUAGUUCAAUUGGGUGGUGUACAACAGCAACAACCACAACAACAAGUAGGUCUUAUCAUGGGACAACCUUUCAGACAACAGGUGCAGAAUGUACAACAACAGGGACAGUUUAUUAAUUUUAUGUUGAGAAAUCGUCCAGAGAUUCAUACAUCAGCAAUGAGUGCAAUACCAGACAUUGGAGAUCUCCACCUGGACGUGAAGAUUUUCACCGCAGUCAAGUACUACACGAGCGGGAAUGUCAGCGAAGAGAUAAUCAAAUUACUGGAAGAUGGCGGUGCGCAACGUUUGAAAUACUUCAGCGAUUUUGUCUCGCACGUGAUUUGCGGCAGCUCCGGCGUCCGCGAGAGCGAUCUAACCGAUGCGGAUGACAUCUACGAGAUCCCCGCGGUGGGUGAGCGCUGGGUGCUCACCUGCGCCCGCAGUAAAACACUCGUAAACACCAAAGGCUUCCUCUAUACCGACAAGAAUCUCUUCUCGUCAUUGGUCGUCACUACAUCGGGACUCCUCCCACACGAUCGCAAUGCCAUCUGGGCAAUGGUCACCUAUAAUGGCGGCGUGUUUAAAGGCGCACUGGACGGCGUUACACACUUAAUUUGCACGUCGGUAAAAUGCCCAAAGUACCAACAAUGUGGGCACAGCGGUUUGGUAACAGUAGUAACACCCGAUUGGAUUGUUGAAUGUCUUAAAGCAAAAGCCUUAGUCCCGCAUGAGCAAUACCAUCCUAAACGCGUGAUUGAGAUGAAGCCACACAGCGAUACCAGUAGAAUAACUGGGUUUGAAGUUGAAGGGGAUGAUGAACAGCAACCUGUUGAAGUUGCGAAGAAGUUGGCUAUGGAUAAGUUGCGGAAUGAGAUGCCAUGGAUGCAGAAUUUAACACAGGGUGCGCCUAGGAUGGUUCAAGGACAAGGGCAAGUUCAAGGUCAAAGUCAAAGUCAAAACAAUGAUGAGGAGGAUGAAGAGGCAAAGAAACAGGCGAGUAUUCGAGAGUUGUGGAAGCAGAUGCCGUGGAAUCAGAAGGUGUUCAGGGAUCCGAGUACAGCAACGUCGCCGCCUCGAAGACCCCCUGGACCUUCACAAAGUCCUGCUCCCGGGAGAGUAACACCGGCAUCCACUCCUGGGUUGAGGAGUACUACACCUAAUAGUGGGUAUCAGUAUGUACAAUCACCACAGCAGCAGCAGCAACAACCGCAGCAGGUGAUGCAAAGCCCCCAAGGGCAAAAUGGACAAAGUCAAGGUCAAGUUCAAGGUCAGAUGAUGCCCAGUCCGCAGGGUCAACAGGUGCAGAUGAUGCAGAGCCCGCAAGGCGGGCAGAUUCUGCAAAGUCCGCAGCAUAUGUUGCAGUCGCCGCAGCAUACGAUGCCGUCACCCUCACAACAACAACAACAACAACAGGUAUCUCAAGGUCAAACACAAGUGCAGGGUCAAAAUGUUCAGAACAAUGAGAAUUCGUUUUUGUAUAAGUAUAUCGAGCAGAAUAUGCAGGAUACAAAAAAGGUUCCUGUGCAAAUGCAACAACAAGUACAACAGGUGCAACAGGUGCAAAUCCCGCAGGUUUCUCAAGGUCAGCAAGCACCUAAUGCGCAACAGACGGCGUUUUUGCAGCAGAUGCGCCAAAGGCAACAACAGAAACAAGCACAGUUGUUGCAGCAACAACAGCAACAACAACAACAACAGGGUAUGCAACAAGUUGGUCAAGGUGGAUUGCAACAACCUCAACAAGGUUUACAACAAGUUCAACAAGUACAACAGGUACAGCAGGUACAACAGCAACAGUUGUUGCAACAACCGCAACAGUUGCAACAACAAAUGCGGCCUGUGUUAAGACCACAGAUGCAACAACAGAUACAAAUGUUGCCAUCGGGGCAGAGGGUUUUGAUUAAUCCGAAUCAACAUCAGUUGUUGUUGCAACAACAGCAGCAGCAGCAGCAGAAGAUGUUUAAUCAACAACAAAUGCAAAUCCCGCAGUCGCCUACACAGAAUUUAAUGGUACAACAACCACAGGGUGUUCAGGUACCUGUACAACAGCAACAACAACAACAGCAAGGGAUGAUGCAACAGAAAAUGAUGCAGCAACAACAACAACCACAGCAGAUGUUUACACAACAACAAGUUAUGAUGCAACAACAACAACAACAACCUGGUAUGCAACCGAAUAUGAUGCCUCCACAACAACAACAACAACCUGAUAUGAUGCAACAUGUUGUCUCACAACAGUCUAUUGUUAGUCAACAAUCACAAGUUGUACAACAACAACAACAACAACAACAGCAGCAGGGGAUGAUGCAACAGCAGAUUAUGCAACCGCAGAUGAUGCAACAACAACCUCAACAACAGGGUAUGAUGCAACAGGUGCCCAUGGGUCCACAGACUGUUGUCACACAACAUCAACAUCAGCUAAUGUCACCACCACCUCAACAACAACAGAUUUUACAACAGCAACAACAACAACAUGUACAACCCAAUAUGACACCUCCGCAACAGUUGUUGCAAUCACCACAGGGUCAUCAACAGAAGGUUAAUAUAAUGCAACAACAACAACAACAGCAACACGUCAUGCAACAACAGGUUGUAAUGUCACAAGGGCAGCCUCCUAAUCUAGUUCAAUUGGGUGGUGUACAACAGCAACAACCACAACAACAAGUGGGUCUUAUCAUGGGACAACCUUUCAGACAACAGGUGCAGAAUGUACAACAACAGGGACAGUUUAUUAAACAGGGUAACUUCCCACAACAGUUUGUACAACAACAACAACAACAGGUACCUGGUCAAGGACAAGUCCAAGGACAAUUUAUACAAAAUGUUCAAAAUGUACAACAAGGUCAAUUCCCACAACAGCAACAACAACAACAGGUACAGGUCUCAGGACAACAACAGAUCAUCACCCAGAGUCCAACUCAACCCAGUCAAGGUCAGGGACCUGUUUGGCAACAACAGGUUAUCCGCCAGGCGGUACCCGGAGGUCCCACUGGUGCUAGAGUACAAUGGCCCGGUGGUCAACUCCCGCAGAGACAAUACAUCCAACUGGAUGCACAGACUCAUCAACAACUUCAACAGAUGGCGCCUGAGGAACGCAUUCAAUUCGUUAAUUCCCUGAGGGCGAAACAACGCGCAUUAGCGCAACGACAACAAUUGUUACAACUGCAACAACAACGCGCACCUGGUGGACAUAUUGUUGUACGCGGGCAGGUACCACCCGGACUCACACCGCAACAACACCUGCAAUGGUUACAACAACACAAACAAGGUGUUGUACUACAACAGACUGUCGGACCACAACAACAACAACAGCAACAACCUGGUCUAAGCCCAAUACAACAACAACAACCAGGUGGGGUGGUGUCACAGGUACAGGUUCCUGUACAACAGGGUGUUGCACAGUUUGACCAACCACAGAUCCGGCCCAAUUUACGUGUUCAUCAGUUACAACUGCAACGGGAGCAGGUGCAAGCCCAGACACAACCUCAAGGUCAACCCGGAGGGCAGAAUCAGGUUAUACAGGGUGUGCAGAAUGUGCAGGUGCAAGGUGUGCAGAGUUUACCAGGUGGGAAUAAGCCUUUGAUACAACAACAGGCGUCAGCUGUACAACCGGGUAUACUUCAAGGUCAACAGGGUCAAAUGGAUGGCACGCAGUUUACGAGGGGGAAAACUGCGUUGGCGAAUAUGUUGAGUAUUAAACUAAGCGGAGGUCAAGCGAUUUCCGGUGAGAAUUUACAGGAACCCAGCGCGGCUGGUACGCUGAGAUUAAUGACAGCUCAGCAUAAUGCCGCGUUGAAUAAUAAUAGUAAUAGAGCGCAGGAGAUUUUGGCUCUGCAGCAGCAGCAGCCGCAACAACCGCAGAGGAGGUUGAAUGUGAACACACCGCAGUUGUUGGAUCAACAGAUCAGACCACAAGUGGGUGUUGUAGGUGGCGUUGGUAUGGGUGUGGUUCCAGCAGGGCAGGCAACUGCUAGUGGUGGCGCUGGUGUCGCACAGGAUAAGUUAUUCUCAGCGCGUAGUGUGUUGCCUAUACAACAUCGUCCUGGGACUUAUUACGGGCAUAAUCCUAACCUAAAACUACCUCCUGAAUUGUUUUUAUUGGGUUGUAUUUUCGUCGUGGUGGAAAUAGAGGAUAUGCUCAACGAGGAAGUCCCUGAUUGGUCGAAAAUCAUCGAGAAACAUGGCGGCGAGAUCGAAAAGCAGUACUGUUCACGCAUCACGCAUGUGUUAUGCAGGUCACAGCGACACGGCGUGGUUAUGCAAGCGUUGCGAGACUUCAAACGCUGCGUGACUGUUCAUUGGUUGAAUGAUGUCAUUGAGAGGGGACAAGUGCUGCCACCGUGGAUGGCGCUGCAUUUACCAGCGAUGAAUCUCGAUAGUAAUCCUGCAAGUAAACAUCUUAUUUCUUUAUCGGGAUUCACAGGCGCUGAUCGUGAUCGUGUCAAAACCAUGAUUGAAGCUAUAGGUGCAGGAUGUACAACUUACUUCUCACAACAUAAUACACUGCUUGUGACUGCGAAGUUUGAAGGAGCUAAGUGUACCAAAGCUAAACAAUGGACGAUUCCGGUUGUGAAUGUGCAAUGGCUGACUGAGGUUAUGUUGGGCAACUUUAGUUCACUCAAUCAGACUGAACACGUGAAGUAUCAACAGUUUGGUGAUCAACCCAACUUUUGUUUUGAUCCUUCGUUAGUUCCUACACUUAUGCAAGCAUGGAAAAUGCCGAUUAACAUCUCUCAGGAGUCAUAUGAGAGGGUUAAACGUAGUGCUUCGCCUGUAUCACUUCCUAAAAGCAAGAAAAUCAAGACUGAACACGCGGAUUCGACCGAGAAGAUCGAAAAAGAUGAGAAACCGGAUGUUGAAGUGGGGGUGACAAGUCCUGCGCAUUUUAUCACACUCAGUGCGAGGUGUGCUAAGCAACAAGAGCUUAGAAGCAUCAUAAAGAAUUUAGGAGGAUCUUGCACGUCUGACCCGAUGAAAACCAACUAUUUCGUCGUUUCGAAACUGGUACUCACCCGCAAUUUACUCCUAAGCCUCUGUCAUGCUAACAUUAAAAUAGUGACAGAAGCAUGGCUGCAUGAAUCAUCCCGCGCAGCUAAAUUCAUCGAUGAAACACCCUACAUCCCCGACGCGAAAGAAUUCAACCAACAAUACGGUUGUGAUUUUAACCUCACUUUAGCAACGGCGAAUCGACACCGCCUGCUUGAAGGCCGUGACUUCUUCGUCACGCCAUCUGUCGUCCAGCGACGUACAUUAGUCGAUUGUAUAACCGCUGCAGGCGGCAGAGUGGAAGGAGUUCGCCGCCCAGCAGGACGCAUUGAAAUGACACAAAUCAACGCGCCGUAUUCCUAUGUCAUCAUCGCCGAUGAAAAGGAUCUGCAUUUAGUCGGGGAUUUAUUGAAACGAGAGAAUAAGAUUGUCUGCAGUAAGGAAAUCGUCACGUCCGCCAUCUUGAAGCAGACGUUCGAGAUUGAACCGUUUUUGUUGCGUGUGCUGCCAAACAAAGCAGAAGAAUAAUUUUGUUUGUUUAAAAUAAGAUAAUAUUGUUUAUAAUGUUAAGAUUUAAACAAGAACCAUUUAUAUUUAUUUA